UGAGCCAGCAGCAGUCAUACUCCCGGAGGUGUGACGUGGAUAUAAAGAGGCUCGCUCACGUUAGUGGAGCAGACGCAGACUCAGGGGACGAGGGAGAGGAUAGAGACAGCGGGCAGAGCCUUGGCAAAGGAACCGAAAAAGAAAGAAAGAAAGACAGAGAGCAUCCGGCGCCUGGGACGAUGGGACUGCACAGCGUGGAAGAGCUGGUGACCGGGAAGAGGUCAGAGGGCAAGGAGGCGGAGAACUUCCCGGGAGGCGUGUACGAGGCGGCCGUCAAUCAAGAGAAGCAGGAUGAUCGGAAGUCGCACGGUCCCCUGAUGGGCGGGGCUCUGUGCGAGGAGAGUGACAGCGGCGGCGAGCAGGAGGAGGUCAGCGUGGCCGCACUCAAUACUGAUAAAACGGGUCGGCUCAGGCUGGACACUGUGGACGACCUGUUCAACAUUCUACAGCUGAGGAAGAGGAGGAGGGAGAGGAAGGCCCCCACCAAGAAGAGGCCACAGCCCGCCGCCGAGACUCUGCCCGUGUAUGUGGAUGAAGACAUGUUUCUGAACGCAGCCAUGGAGAACAAACUGCCCGUCGUGGAGAAGUACCUGUCUGAUGGAGGAGACCCGAACGUCACUGACAAUUUCCAAAGAAGCGCUCUGCACAAAGCCUCCUUCAAAGGUCACACAGAGGUCAUGAAGAGGCUGCUGGACGCCGGGGCUGCUCUGGAGAACACAGACAAGCUGGAUGCCACGGCCGUGCACUGGGCGUGCAGAGGGGGCAGUCUCCCCGCUCUGCAGCUCCUCCUCGACCAGGGCGCCAAGUUCACCUCCAGAGACAAGCUGCUCAGUUCUCCUCUGCACGUGGCCGUCAGGACUGGACACAGUGAGUGCGCCGAGCAUCUCAUCCACUGUGGAGCCGACGUCAACGCCAGAGACAGGGAUGGAGACACGCCCAUGCACGACGCCGUGAGGAUCAACAGGUUUAAAAUGAUCAAACUGCUCAUGAUGUACGGAGCCAGUCUCAACACCAAAAACAGCGACGGAAAAACUCCACUGGAGACGCUUUACUCUUGGCAGAAUGGAGCCAAGAGCCUUUUAUGCAACGAAGAGAAGCCCAGCGCCUGGAUCUGAGCCAGGAUCAGAGCCGGAGCUGGAGCGUGCGGGGCCUCCUCACAAUCACACAGAAUCAACACGUCUUUCUGAAGCCUCGGGUCCGUUCUGUUGUGCUCUCGAGCGCCGCAGAGUCGGGUGAGCCACUUUUAUCUGACCAGAGACACUUUUACCAGACCUUUUUUUUUUGUUCAGCGGGGUUAGAUCUGUCGCUGUAGGUGAAGCCGACAGCAAAGUGGAGUCAAACAGUGCGUAGAAAACAGUUUUGAUUCAUAAACGGGAGAAACGACCGACAAUUUCACGUGUUCGAGUUCGUUCGCGUCAGUGUGAGGACGUGGGAACUCCAGUGAUCUGCUUUAUGGAGGUUGUAUUUUGACACAUGUUUAAUGACUAACGGAUUAAGGCAUGCACAUUUUAGUUUGAAAGAAUUGUGUCAAAACAUUUUUUUAAAAUUGUCAGAAUUGUCAUUGAAUAUUGCAGCCCAACUUUAACCCCAACUUUAAUAUCUGGGGAAAUGGCAAUAACAGUGAUUCUUAACCUAAGGGCCACCCAAGAGUUUAAUAAAUUUAAUAUGAGACUGGGCCCCAAGUUACUUUUUACAGAAAAAAGUCAGGCCCCAGGGUUAAAAUUGUUAAAGAAGCCCUGAUUUAGAACAUGUGUGUAUUAUCAGGGCUGAGAACAUAAAAGACUGAAUCAAUAUUUAGAUCUUUUUCUAGGCAUUUAUAGAAAGGCUGUGUUCUGUCUGUAUUUGCUGAAAUCUUAUCACACAAAGGACCAGACCAGACCUCAGAGAAGUUGAUUUUUCUAAGCACAGAUCCAUCUUAAUUCUGGUACACGUUGCUGGAUAAUGAACCUUUUCUUUAUUUAUUUGAAGCUGAGAUUAGUCAGCGGUGUUGCUUGACACAUUGUCAGAUGCCCUCACAGGUUGGAUUAAGUGAUUCCAUGGAUUUUUUUUUUUUUCUUAGAUUUUAAUUUAUUUUGUUUAUUCGUCAAUGAUAGACUUAUACAUUUACAGGGCAAUGUCAUGUGUUUCAUUACCAAUGUUUUAUUUGAUGACCGUGCGUUGUUCUUAUAUGUUAAGAAAUGAAAGAAAGGACAAAGCAAGUUGUAUUCUGAAUGUUUCUUUUCUUUAAAAAGUCAAGCCAAAUUAUUUACUCAUGAUUUUAAAGAUACAGUAUGUAACAUUUACCUAAAAAGACUCAAGUAGAAGCAUGAGAAUCCAGCGUACUUACUUUGAGCUGGCUUGCAUCUCCACAAACCUGAUUUGUUUCCAUGGAAAUGUUGUUCUUUUAGCUGUAUGUUCCCCAAUAUGGUUUUAAAAUGUCUGUUUCCAUGGAAUCAAGCAGGUGACGCACCACCUUCAGAAAGUGACUUACUGUAUCUUUAACUGCUUUUAAAAGUCUAUAUAUAGAAGAAACAACAGUUCAAACUAAAAGAUGAGCUUGUUGGCUUUGCUGUUAAACACCAAACACUGACAAACACAAAUGGGUUGUGUCGAUUUAUAAUAAAUAGAGAUGAGACAAUAUCUGAGAUCUUGUGAGACAAAAGUGUCUCAAGAUUGUGGACAUGUGAGAAAAAUGAUCUUGUGACAUUUUUCCACUGUUUUUACAUUUGGAUUGGACAAAAAGAGUUACGUGUUGCUGAGUUCCAUCUCUUUUAGUUACGAACGGCCAUACUGGGAUGACAACAAAAAUAUUCCGUCAAAUACAUCAAAAAAUGUAAAAUCCCAAAAAUGAAAGUGAACCAAUCAUCUAAAUAUUUAUACAGUAUAUUAGGUUAUAUAUUGUGUAAAAAUCUCUUCUUGUCUCGUUCUCGUGGACACAGUCUCGUAUCUCGUCCACAGACUGUAGAAAGAAGUGGACUAAGGGAGUGUGACGUCAUCCACUGCGUCCAGCUUCAGUCAAAUGAAGCUCAAGAACGUUGGCAGUUAUGUGGAGAAUUUGGAGCCGAGUUCCAGAUCAGAAAUAGGGAUUUAUUUACAGAUAAAACUGCAAAAUAUAAACCACAGGAUCAUGUAGAGCGGGUUAAUACGAACGUUUUAAGACCAAAAUAUGGAGGCUCGCUGCAGCAGUUACAGAGUUGAGCCGGAAGCACGUCCUUUCCUCAGACUAUACGUGACCUUCUGGUUUUUCUGGCUGGUGGUGCACUACGUAACUUUUUGGUUGGGGGUCCGGCACCUGCUUGUUUCUGUGGAUAUGUCACUGUUCUGCUUGGAAUGUUCCACAGUGUGACAUGAAACAAAAAAUACCCUCCACAAAAAAAGUUAGAAGUUAAUGGCAGGAUCUCUUUUUCAUGGGAAUCCAGCUGCCUGACACGAUCCCAGACCCGUGAUUCUCUGUUAUGGUGCAAGUUAUAAACAUUCGGGAGAAAAUAGAGAAUUCCGAGGAAAGAAAGGGGUCAGAGUUUAAUAUCACAGUAGAGACUGAGAAGGCAGAGCUAAAAGUUCAAGCCGUUAAAAAAAGGGAAAAAGAAGCAACUGAUGAUUUGUGGGUUUAGAGCAUGUUUAAAAUGGUGGAUAUUUCAAUUGAAUUUGUAUAUCUUCCAA